AUGGUGUCUGUAUCUCAGAAACUUUGCUUCCUUCUCCUAGUCCUUGGCCUUCCUUAUUUCAGCACAGCUACCUCAUGGAUGAGCCGUUCACACACAUCGUGCAAUGCUUCGAUAGCAGAGUGUGACGGAGAAGGCGAGUUGCUGAUGGAGUCGGAGAUAAGCCGGAGGUUUCUUGGAACCAAGAAAUACAUCUCACCUGGGGCUUUAAAGCCGGACCAGCCAGUUUGCAAUAGCGGCGGUAAAGGCGAAGCUUAUAGCAAAACAGGGGGCUGCCUUCCUCCUCCAUCUAACCCUCACAACAGAGGCUGCUCUAAGUACUAUCGUUGUCGAUCAGACUCGUGA